AUAAAUUUAGGCCGUAGAGUUGGGUACGAUUCACAAGAACCCUAAGCCGCCUUAUAUAUCGAUUAAGCUGCGUUUUUUUUCGUUGAAACCCCGAGCAGAGCCUUUCAGCGCCUCCGAGCAGAGCCACACCGAAGAAGAUGAAGUACAACCCGCGUGUAUCCAGCUCCCGCCGGAAAUGCCGGAAAGCGCACUUCACAGCGCCGUCAAGCGUCCGACGUGUUCUGAUGAGCGCAACCCUCUCGACGGAUCUCCGAACCAAGUACAAUGUCCGUUCGCUCCCUGUUCGGAAGGACGAUGAGGUUACGGUGGUUCGCGGUACAUACAAGGGCCGUGACGGCAAGGUCGUGCAGGUUUACCGUAAGAAAUGGGUCAUCCAUAUCGAGCGAAUCACCCGGGAGAAAGUUAACGGAUCCACCGUCAACGUUGGUAUCCACCCAUCCAAGGUCGUCAUCAGCAAACUGAAGCUGGACAAGGAUCGCAAGGCGUUGCUUGACAGGAAGGCGAAAGGAAGGGCUGCUGGAAAGGACAAGGGCAAAUUCACAGUAGAGGAAGUUGCUGCUGCUACAGGAGCUUCUUCUAUUGAUUAGAUUUGGUAAUGGUCGUUAUGUUAUGUGUUUCAUUCCUUUUCUAUUACUGUAACCAAUCAGGAUACUUUCCAAUGAGUGAUUUGGUAAGUUCUGUCUUUUGUUAUUCAAGUAAACUUUUUGUUCUAGGCUUGAUCCCUAUAAACACCAAAGUUUUAUCAUAUCUGCGUUUUUGUCCUAUUUUUUUUGAAGUUAUUGCCCAGCCUAGUUAAUUAGUGUUGGAAGCUUUCUCUUCUUUUCUUUAUGAAAAGAUACAA